CAGCCUUGUGAUUCCAGGAUGAUUGAUGCCAUGACAACUUUCCAGACAGCAAUAUUCAUGUGUUUUUUUGUUUUGUUUUGUUUUGUUUUUUGACAGUUCUCACACUCUUAUAGGUAAUAUUUACUUCACGAACUUAGGGUCUCACAAAAUGUAGUUUCAGUCUCAGACAACAUGCCCACGGAUGACCCACAGUCUGACUGCCAUAAAACUGCCAAAUGCCAUCUAAAACAAAAUAGCCCAUUCCAGUCUGGCUGGCUGGCUUCUAUGCAAUUUCCAGAAGUUUGGGUGAACUGAAAGUGAAAUGAAGUUGUGGUCAUAAGGUACCGGGCUGAUGCACUGGAUUUGCUAAAGUUUGCCAGGUCUACUUCUUCUAUGAUGCUAAACCAGGUGGAAAACCUAAACAACGACUCACAGUUUGAUCAGAAGUGCUUGAAAUGUUGAAGGGAGAGUAAGACAUUAAUUUCUGCUGGCAUGGAGGUUUUUCAAAACAGGGUCCUGCAUCUGAAUUUGUGCAUCCUUACUUUACUGACUAAUGCAGAUUAUUCCAAAUCUAAUCAAGAGCAAAGGAUUCGGCAGCACAUCAACAAAACAGUAAUUGCGGGGGAAACAGUUACUCUUCACUGCAACAAAACCCAGUUUGAUGAUGAUUUCACAUGGAAAAUGAACAAGUCUGUUAUUUUUAGGCAGGUCUCUGAUAUUAACAUAACUAAGACAAACUUGAGCUCAAACAGGAUUCACGUCGACCCAGCAGCUCCGAGAGAAUUAACAAUACAUCAAAUACAAGCGUCUGAUGCUGGAAACUACAGCUGUUACCCAGCAGCGAUGAGAUGGACAUUAACAAUAACAGAAAACACAAUCAGAUCAGCAUCACUCAAACAAAUUCCACUGUACAUCAUCAUCAUCAUCUCAUGUUCUGGGGUCAUUAUGGUUUGUCUGAUCAUCACCUUCAGCAUCUGCAUUCACAGGAGCUGUAAAAACAACAAACAGAGUCACAGAGAAAUGGGACAGGACAUUUCACAGGCACCAGCCAGACGAAGGAUACAGACUCAAAACAGUCAGUACUUUGAAAGAUACAACUCAGUGUAUGGACAAUUAUGAUUAUAUUUGUUCUUUUUGUUUUUCAGAUAAUGUUUACCCUAAGGAUUCAAAAUCUUACCUUAGAUAUCCUUGAUAUGUUAAUACUCAACUUAACUGAGUAAUAUACAAUUAAACUGACAUUUUUUGUCACAUAACCCUCAUGGGGUAUAAUUGUAUACAAUUAUGUACUGUGAUAAAUGCAACACUGAAUGAAGAAGCUCUAUAAUGUAAAUAUUUGUAUUUUGUGUUUACAUAUUUAUGUGUACUUUUUGUGUACAUAUUAAUGUCAAUAUACAACACACCCUCAAUUAAAUGUAAUCACAAAUUUCAAAUCAUACAUAAUUUUGUUGAUUUUGUUAAUAAAAGUGUAAAACUAUUAGUGAUAGGUCAUUCAUGAACAACUCGUUCAUUGUGUCUGCCACGUGACAAAUGAACCAACGACUCAGAAGGUAAAGUAUUUAUGUUCCCUGAAAAUCUUUUUUCAUCUGUAGCUGCAUUAUAAUGAUGAUCAAGAUUGCAUAGUUGGAUGUGUUCAGAGAAUUUGGCUGUUAACAGUAUAACAUUUAAAGCCACGGGCACCAGGGUUUUUUUUUGGGGGGGGGGAUGCUAGAUUUUGACAUCAAUAUUUCAAACUUAAAGAUAGAGAUCUACUGUAAAUUAGAAAAAUGUUGGGCAUGGCCAAAAGUUUAUGUGGGGUGUAAAUAUACUGAUCUAAUUUGCAUAUUAUGAUGUCAUCAGGGGGCAGCACUCUUGACUUUAAAAAAAUUCAGGAAAUAGUAAAUAUUGAAUUUAUGUUUGAACUUAUUUGCAUAUUUGUUUGUUUUUUGUCUUUUUAUCCUCAUUCCAAAUGAUCAGAAAAUAGGAAACCAACAAUAAAACAGGAGAAAGUAGUAAAUUAUUACUAUUACUGUGCCAUAGUAAAAUACAUGUGCCUAUUUUUUGAUCAGUUGACCAGCUAUCUGCCCAAUCAGGUAACUAGGUGACAGUUUAUAGUUCUUGAGAGUAUGGUACAGCGCACAGACCUACCCCACACUGACUGCAGCUCUACUGUAGGGCCUUUCACACUGCUUUAGUUCCAGAACUAAAAGUACAGUACUAAAGUACUGGGACGAUUUUGCGCGAACUAUUUCCCAGUACCAUUUAAAGGGUUGCAUUCGCACCGACAGUGGGUACUAAGAAGUGACGUAAGCCAAAUGACACGAUAGCUCAUUUGCUCUGUUAUUUCCUUGAACACUUUUGGUCUAGAAUCGAAGUAGCCUACUACAUGUCUGCCAUCUAGUGGUAGGGAAUACAAAUGAGAUAUUAAACCAUAGGAACUACAGCCUAUUUCAUGAAUUAUGA